UAAUUUAGUGUAAACAUGUCAAUGUUAUCGUGCCCAAUUGAUAUAAACAAUGAAGAAGCUUAUAAUUUAGAAUGCUAUACAAAAGAAUCAGCUAAUAAGAGCAUAAUAAAGUAUAGAAUAAAGAAAAAUAGGAAACAAUAUAAUUUUGAUUCAUCAAGCCAAUUAGGAACUGUACCGCUAGAAACUGUUCAAGAUUUACAUGUUCCUACAACAGAAGAUUGGCAAGAGGAAAAUGUACCAACCUAUGAUCCUUGGAAAAGUACUGAAAAAAAAGACAUUAUACGAUGCUUAAUAGGAGGUACGAAAACAACAAAGAAGAAAUUCAAAUUAGCUGAACGACAAAGGAUAUUAAAUCUUCAACAAGAAAAUACAAAUGAUAUGAGAAAUAAUUUUAAACAUAAGUAUUAUAACUUAACUAUUUCUCAACUUAUUAAAAAUUUAAGAAAAUUAAAUUUGAACGAUAUUGACACUUUAAUAAAAAAUAUUGAUAUGAGUAAAUUAUUUAUAAGUGAAAAUAAUAAAAAAAAUAUAUUUAUAGAAGAAAAAUAUACACAAGGAACUAUCGACAAGAUGUUGAUAUAUAAAUUCAAAGAAUUGAUGCUUAAUCACUUACAAAAAUAA